CGAUGUGACGUCACAAAGCUGCGCCGCGCUCCUGCGUCUGAGAUUCGGCUGAAGAAAAGAUGGCGUUCAUUAAAGAGGAGAGGGAAGACAUGCAGAUCGAAGAAACUUUCAAAGUGAAACAAGAAGAUACCGAGGAACAAAUAGAGAUGGUGUUUAUUAAAGAGGAGAGUGAAGACACAAGUAUUGAAGAAGCAUUCAGAGUCAAACAUGAAGAUACUGAGGAACAAACAGGACAGGUCAUAACUUCCCUGGAGUUCAGGAGAAACCUGAUGAGAGGGCAUUAUGGUACAACCCAGUGUCUACCAAAAGGGGUCCGUCCUGCUUUGGACAAUUCUCUGCGGUUAACAGCGAGGCAUUUCCCCGCUAAAGUCCCACAGACAACCGCCCAGGGCAGCAGGACAAGGCGGCACUGCAGGGUCUGCCUCUCCAGCUCUCGGAAGACAAAGGAGAGGCGUCUCACAAAGUACAUGUGUGUGCCAUGCAACACUCCGUUGUGUGUUACUCCAUGUUUCGAGGAGUACCACACUCUAAAAAAUUACUGA